GUAGGCCAUUAUGGGAACCUGUUGUAGUUAAUUAUUCCUUAUUCUAAUCACCCCUUUCCUCUUGCUCUUCUGUAUAAAAAGAUGGUGGUUUAAUGACUGUGAUUUGCACAAAGCUGAAGAAAUCAUCACCUAGAAACAACAGAAAUCCCUUAGAGAAACCACUAAAUCAAGAUGACUGGCUCUGGUUCUCCUUGUGGAGCCUGCAAAUUCUUGAGAAGGAAAUGUGUGAGAGGUUGUGUUUUUGCACCUUACUUUUGCCAUGAGCAAGGAGCUACGCAUUUUGCAGCCAUUCAUAAGGUGUUUGGUGCGAGCAAUGUUUCCAAGCUCCUUGCUCACCUCCCUGUAAGUGACCGUACCGAAGCCGCCGUCACAAUCUCAUAUGAAGCUCAAGCUAGGCUUCAGGAUCCUAUCUAUGGCUGUGUUUCGCAUAUCUUCGCCCUCCAACAGCAGGUGGUCAAUUUACAAGCACAGCUAGCUUAUCUUAGGGAACAAGCAGCUCAAAGCUUCCUCAAUGCCUCUUCCAUGGAAAACCCUAAUGAAAAGUACUGUGGAAAACCUAUUACCACUUUCCCUCACGAUCUUCAUGGUUGGUUCCAGACCCAAAAUUCCGACACCUCGGGGCAUCAGUUUCUCCCUAAUAUGUCUAAUAAUUCCUCUUUAACAACACAGCAUUAUGGGAGCAGCAGCAGCACUCCUUUCCUGAAUCCCAACCCGAUCGGGAACUAUGAAAAUUCAGGAACCCUGGAAGAUAGCAUCUCAUUUUCUAGCUUUGAUGAGGCUGCUUCGAAUUCAAUGUCUUAUGAUUCGCAAGCAAACAGAAAGCAGUGGGGCUUUCAUGAAGUGGAUGACCUUCAAUCAGUGGCUUUUGGUUUCAGUCGAUCGGCUUCAUGAAUGAAUUGACCAUCGAUAAUCAAGACGCUACCUGUAUUGAAAACAACUCGGGCUUGUUGACAUGCAAGCUUGUAUAUCGGUUGUCCGUUUUUCCAGUCCUCAGCUACAGCUAGAUGCCAAUGUUUUGAGGCAUUCUGAUGGUCGUGACGAUUGACGAAUAUGGUUUUGCGACUUAAAGUAGAAUUCAAGGAUAAAGAAUUGAUGGUUAGCUAGGGGUCUUAUUGAAGGUUGAGGGAUGGCCGGAAGCUGAAGGAGAGUCGUUUUAGAAAGAAACUGCAUGUGUUAUGAUGUAGUAUACAUUAAUCGUAAUAACUGCCACGCAACAGCCACGGUUAUAUUCUCUCCAAGCAUAAUUAUCUCCAAAUAAAAAAGAUGAUGGAGUGUCGGCCACCAAAGUCAUCGAAAACCCUUGUUAAAUUUGUUCUCCAAGUAGCUGGUGUGCAUGUAGCUAGGUUGUUGCAGUCUUGUCAAACUAGCUAGCUAGGGUGCAAGUAUAAUCUUUCUCGCAUCCCAGCUUCCAUAUAUUUUGUGUGUUCUGGAGUGGGCUGAUAUAGCAGUGGAUUAUUGUUCAUAUCAUUCUGGCACUUGUUGGUCACCGUGUCCGAACAUGAUUUUCAAAGAUGGAGUGAUGAAGAUGAUGGCGGUGGGCCUUGCCCCCCUCGCAUUCAUU